CAUGUGCGUUCAGUUACCAGUACAUAGUGUGAUUGAUGCAAUUUAACCCUAAGUAUCUAUAAUCACACAAUCUGUAGUUUAGCUCUAAUCUUGAAGAUAGCAUGAACGUGCGCUCGCGUGUGAGUAUGCAUGUGGUUAAAUGUCCGUGUACACGUUUGUGUGUGUGUGUGUGUGUGCGCGAGCGCGCGAACGCGCGCGCCUGACAUCACUCCUGCUUUCCUCGAGUUGACAGCGGCACGGUGACGCCUCAGUGAGACGCUGUGCGCGCGUAACGGUGCGCGCCUCCGUACUUUCUUCCGCGUCGGCGCUCGCGUUUCCAAGUUUGCUCUCCGAACCUAAUCUCCACGGAGACUGCAUAGGGGUCUUUAGAGCUUUUGCCAGCCUUUAGUGCUCCAUUUGAAGACGGCCAAAACAUGCGCUCUGAGACUAACGCGCAACGACGGAGUUUCUCCAUCUGCCUGCAGUUCGCCAAAAUUGGCACUUUUGUCUCGUGUGCUCUCUGAACGCUCCCAAGGAUGAAGUUUGGCCAAAGCGUUUGCAUCUUAAACGUGGGCGGCACGCGGUAUGCUUUUCCCAUGGAUGUGCUGAAGGACUUCCCUCUGAGGAGAGUGAGCCGCCUGCACAGCUGCGCGUCGGAGCGAGAGGUGCUCGAAGUGUGCGACGACUACGAUAAGGAGCGCAACGAGUUCUUCUUCGACCGUCACGCUGAGGCUUUCGGCUUCCUUAUGCUCUACGUGAAGCACGGCAAACUGCGCUUAGUGCCACGAAUGUGCGAGCUCUCCUUCUACAACGAGAUGAUAUAUUGGGGUUUGGAAAGCUCACAUCUGGAACUGUGCUGCCAGCGUCGUCUGGACGAUCGCAUGUCCGACACAUGCACCCACUUCACCGAGGAAGAGCGCCGCGUCGAGGACAAAGAUGACCAAAAGGAGCAAGAUCAGCGGAGGCGGCGAGGCACUGGGCGCGUAAAGGACGCCAAAUGGCUCGAGAGCAUGCGCAGGACCUUCGAGGAGCCCGCGUCCUCAGUGGCCGCCCAGAUUCUCGCUGCCGUCUCUGUCCUCUUCGUGAUAGUGUCCAUGGUGCUCCUUUGCGCGAGCACUCUGCCCGAUUGGAAAACGGCCGAAAGUAACAUGGUGGAGGAGCACAGGUACACAGAGUCUAUAGACCAUCCGGCCGGGAUCAUCGAGGCGGUGUGCAUUGGCUGGUUCACAGCAGAGUGUAUCGUGCGUUUCCUUGUGUCACGUGACAAGUGUGAGUUUGUGCGACGUCCACUGAAUAUCAUUGACCUGCUGGCCAUAACGCCUUACUACAUCUCCGUGACCAUGACAGUCCUGACUGGAGAGAACUCGCAGCUGCAACGGGCUGGUGUGACAUUGCGUGUGCUACGCAUGAUGCGCAUCUUCUGGGUGAUCAAGCUGGCUCGCCACUUCCUGGGCCUGCAGACGCUGGGCCUGACACUGCGCCGAUGUUACCGUGAGAUGGUCAUGCUGCUGGUGUUCAUCUGCGUAGCCAUGGCCAUCUUUGGGGCCCUGGCCCAGCUGCUUGAGCAUGGCCUUGACCUGAAGUCCAGCAAUGAGGAGUAUGCCAGCAUCCCUGCCGCCUGCUGGUGGGUUAUUAUCUCCAUGACGACUGUCGGCUAUGGAGACAUGUACCCCAUCACCGUGCCAGGGCGUGUGCUAGGAGGCCUUUGUGUGGUGAGUGGCAUAGUGCUGCUGGCACUACCCAUUACUUUUAUCUACCACAGCUUCGUGCAGUGCUACCAUGAGCUCAAGUUCCGCUCUGCUCGCUGCACCAGGAGCCUCUCGGCUGAAUUCCUCAACUGAUUGUCUCUCUGUCAGACUUAACAUGGACAUGUUUCUAAUCAUUAUUUCAACAGAUUCAGUUGGUUCUCUCAGCUCAGUGAAUGAUCUGAAUCAGUCAAAUAUCUGGUCUCAGGUUGAGCUUAGGGGCUUGGUCUUAAAUGAGUUUACAUAUGUCUAGCCCAUCUGGUACUCAACUCAGUCCACUGAGGAACUCAGUGUCUACAGGGAUUAGUUCCAGCCCUGCUCCACAUAAGUUCAUUUUACUAGAAACACAGACUGGAACACAUUCAGUCACGUCAUGUGUGGUGGUGCAAAGUUGGAACAAAUACUGUGGGUGCUGUGUCCCUCCAUGGUCCAAGUUGAGAAUCCAUGGUUUACCCAGCAAGUCCACCCCUGACAUACACAUUUUCAGGAAGUAAGGAUUCACUCAGCUGUGCUGUUUUUACAGUAGUGACAGUUACUGGGCUUUCACAGUCGUAGGGAAGGCUACCAUGGAAACAUUGCCUUUCAGUCCAGAUAUCCCAGUCAGGGGCAAACUACCGGAACUGCUGGUGGGCAGCUUUGACUUGUCUACCAGAAGCCUUUAGCACACUUGACACAGAAUAAAAAGCUUCAUCCUUCCACCCAGACAGACAGUGCACUUCAUCCACUAGACUUGGCAUGCAGCCACUGAAGGUUUUUGCUUCUGAAUGUCAUCUAGAAUGUCAACCUACAGUUUUGGCAAAUAUACAGGAAAAAAACAAAUUAAACUCAUUUCAUUGAGUUUUUUUUUUAUUAUUAUUAUUAUAGCAUUGUUUGUAUUAAAACAAGUUCCCAGAGCUCAGCAGUCCAGCUUUUCCUGAAACAAAACAUUGGGUGGUUAUAUAAGGGUGAAAUGUGCAAACACUCAUUGAAAUUAUUGUGUAAAAUCCAAUGAUGUGUGACACAAAAUCUGCAGGGAUAUUGGAAAAGCCAACCGUGUGUGUGUGUGUGUGUGUGUGAGAGAGAGAGAGAGAGAGAGAGAGAGAGAGAUAAAGAGAGAGAGAGAGGGAGAGCGCAGUAGAGAGGAUUGAUGCUUAACUGUGUAGGCAACUGUGCAGCAUCGGCAAAUAUGUAAAGUGGAAAACAGAGAGCUGCCGAAUGAGAACACUGAUAGAUGGUUUGAUUUGCCAUGCAAUACAUAUAAAGCUCUCCCAAUUCACCACCCAUUCUAGCUCAAUAUGCCGUUAUGCUUAAGCAGUGAAGAGAUUUGAGUAUUGUGAUAUAUUGUGACAAAAACUGCUUUUCAAAGAGAGACCACUGGAGGGUUUAAGAAUGAGCCUAAUACCCAGUUGCCUGAAGGCACAAUCCUGUUGUCAUAAAUGAAUUAGGUUCAAUAAAGGAGUUUCCUGAGAAAACGUUCCCAUAGGAAAUCAUGAAUACAAAUAACGAGACCAGAAUUACAUAACAUAAUGUACCUGACAGUAAUCUUACAGGGCUAAGCAUUCUGUUCCCUUUAUCUCUUCAUUAUUAUUAUUAUUAUUAUUAUUAUGGGUAAAAUGCUCCUUCUCAGAGUAAAAGAUAAAAAAAUUACUGACCAAAUUGCAUGUAAAUUAAGUUAAGCUAAGCAGUCUAAAUUUCAUAUCAGAUGAACGUCUCAUUUCAAAGCAAAGCGAGGUGUAAUAUCACACCCAAGAAACAGGUGAAAAGGUGAAAAAAAGCAAAUUCAACUUUACUGAGACUCACACUCUGUAAAAGGAAGUGAGCACCACAAAUUCACCUCAUAUCCAGCUAUGGUUCCUCAAAAUGGGUAAUACUCCUCCCUGCUAAUGCUGUUAUUGUCACUAAUGAGCAUCUUUAUUCAUUUGCUGUCAUCUCACUGCUUUCCUCUUGAGAAACUGAUGUCUUGAUUGGAAGACGAUCCAUUCAGUGGGAAUGAAGCUGUAUCUGAUGUGCCUGAUGUGCUAUAUGGUCCUUUAUAUUUUAUCCUUUUUGACAAUUAAGCCCCUGUCACUUGGGAGGUCUAAUUUCACUAUUCUCUCUCUCUCUCUCUCUCUCUCUCUCUCUCUCUCAGUCAUCUCUCUCUCUAUCUCUCUCCCUCUCUCUCUCUCUUCGCCUGAUGCUGCUUUUUGCUGCCUUUCCCUUAUUUCUGUACAAACACAGAGAUGAUAAAGCUAAAGAAAGAGUGUGCAAAGCCAAUUUUCUGACUCCAAGGUCACAAUGAACGACUUUUCUCUCCAUAACGUUGAAAAGCCAGUUCAAUAUAUAUGGUAAACAUGUUCUGUCAACCAAACCCUAAUGAAAAGCUCAGGAUUUCAAUUAAAAUGAAUGUGGCCAUCGAUGUGAGUGCCAAAGGUUGUUUAUUCAACUGCCCUCUUAAGCCAUGUGAUUUUAUAAGGUGGAUCAUUUACUUAAUUGAUAAUACUGCCAGAGUGCUCACAGGAUGUAUAAAACAUUCUUCAGUGCUAUUUUAAAAUAUUCUGAAGAAUGAUAUUCAGUAUUUCCCUUUAAAGUUUUUAAGGACAUUUAUAACUCUAUUGACUCAUGGAAAUCUUUAAGUAAUCAGUAUACAUACUGGGUUACAGUAUGUUAUGUACAAAUAUACCUUUUUAUACUAUUCAUUUUACUGAUAAUCUAAAAUUCAGUGCCAAUACAGAAAAUUGUGCUUUAAGAUAUUGUGUUCUCAUACUGCCACAGUUCACUGUGAUGAAUCUACUGCCUACUGACUGUAUAAUUUUCUGUCAUUUGUUAUUUUACUUAUAACCUCAUGCUAUGUCAUUCACAGAGAAACUCCAAAUGUAUUCACUGGAACCCACAUUUGUGUAGGUUUUUGGCAUUUGUGGACGAAGCCUGUUGUUUGCCACAUUGUGCAACAAUGUCCACAAAAACUGAAAAGUAAAACUUAAAAAAAAAAAAAAAACAAGACUGUUUUUGAAAAGAAAUGUAACGAAAAAUAAACCUUUAUAAAAUGGAGUUUCUUCUAGGGGAAUUUCGGAACUGAAGGUAAUUUAGGAGUAUUUUGUUAUAGGCUAUUAAUAGGUAGGUAGCUAGGCUACUUUUGUAAAAGUCUAGUUAAUCAUAAUGUCGAAAAUUCUUGAAAGUAAUCUUUUUUUUAUUGUUUUUAGCGCUCCCUAUGUUUUUAAAAUAGAGACUCUAUUUUGUAUAAAGUAGCAUAAAAUAUGUGUCUGUAAAGGCUGAAACAACUCUGUGAUAAACUAUGAAUAAAUUUAUCCUUGAUGGUUAAAUGUGAUGGUCUCUCUGUUCAUUUUAUGGAUAUUUUAUUUUAUGCAAAUUGUAUUGCUUUGAGAAUUCAUGCAGAUGCAGGAUGUCUGAGAGAGUUAAGAGUUAAGAAUUAAGCAGUGGAAGAUGUAGGUUAGUGAAGUCAUUUAGUC